CGCUGCAGUCAAAGACGCCCAUUGGUGACCGCUGCGUCCCAGCAGACGCCCAGUGGUGACACACUCGACGGGUCGCGCGACCGCUGCGCAAAAAAGGGCAGCCCUAGACGAUGCCGAGGCCGAGAGACGACGACGAUGGAGAGGACGCUCCACCACAGAUCGCAAAGGUCUGGAGCCGUCGAGGCGACGGCGAGACGAUGCCCAAAGAAACAAUCAAGCACAGACUGCCGCCGCGCGACGGCCCGGCGCCGACCGUCGGCUCAAGACAAAACUUCGAGUCGCGCGCCGCGCGUAGAAUGGCGGGCAAGGAUUCAAGGGAAGGGCCGUUCACGCCGCCGCUCGCCUUUGACAACCGCGUCAAGGUCCACAAGGGUGAUCAAGGUGGAGGUAGGAAGUCCUUUUUUAUGCGGUACGAGGAGCCGAAGGAAGCAGUGGAGGAGGAGGAGGCGAAGAACUACGACGACCUCAUCGAUAAACUGCGGGCGCGGCUCGGUAAGGAACACGUCGCGACGGAGGCGUCGGCGGGGCGGACCAACUUUAGGGAAGAAUGGGGCGGAACGCUUGACGCGACGGUCGCGGUCGUCCGGCCCGUGUCCAUGCGGGAGGUGGCCGACGUGCUACGAUUGUGUGUCGACAUCGGCAUGCCCGUGUCCCCCGGCGAGGACCCCGACGACGCCUUUGCAAGGCGCGGCGCGCGCGUCGGCGACCAAUCAACACCGAAGCCGCAGCCCCACGUCCUUCUCAAUAUGCGGCGGCCCGUGAUCCAGGCGGGACAGAGGGACAAGUUCUUCGAUAGCGAGAAGAUUAGUAUAGAGGACUUGAGGGAGGCGGACGCGAACGCCAUCGCCGCGGGCCAGGCGGAUAAUACAUAGGAUAC